UGAGGCCCUGUGAUAGACUGGCAACCUGUCCAGGCUGAAUCCUGCCUUCACCUUCAAGUCAGCUGGGACAGGGUCCAGCCCCCCACGAACCUACAGCAGAUAAAGGGCUGUAUAGAUUGUUUAGAAGAUGUUUUAGGAAUUCUCUCUCUCUACAUAUAUUUUAUACUGGUAUUUUAGGACAGAAGCAAGGGUAAGUAUGGCAUCAUUUUCAUCAUCUAUCCAAGUAAAUGAGGGUCACUGUGGACUCCUCUGCAGUUGUCUACGUGAUCGUUGCAUAGAAUGAGGACCCAAGGAAGGGCAAUUUCCAGUUGGAAGUGGACUGGAUGAAAGGUGGCCAUUGUGUUCUACAGUGGAUCUUGGAUCCACUGAGGAGCCAAGGUCCACUGUGGGUGGAGCCUGACUGUGGGCGGAGCCUGUUGAAGUGGCAAUCAAGUAUGUGAUGACAUCAAGUAUGACAUCACAAUGAAAAAUCUAUGAUGUCAGAAUGAUGUCACAUUCAGAGUGUAUAAAUAGGCCAGAUCUCAGCUUCGCUUCAUUCCAAGUUUGCUGUGCGGUGCUGUGCGGAAGCAACAUUACAGUAGGAAUAUACAAUUUCAUCUCCACCACCACGAAACAUUGAGAAGAAAUCAAUCUACCAUGUCUGACCAGGCUCUCACUACUACCAGUCUCACUACUGAAGUGGCUCAAUUUCAGUCUAUGUAUGCCAAAAAACAGGCUGAGAUUGAACAGCUGAGGGAAAGAGUUUGUCAGCUUGAGUAUCAACUGGAAGAUGCUCAAGACCAAACUGAAAAAAAUCAGCUGUUGCAAAAAGUUGCUGAACUUGAGCACGUGAUCAUAACACUGAGGCUCCAGAACCAAAACCUUUUGCAUGAACUGGAGGAUCUGCAGGAGGGUAAGGACUCUCUGACUGAAGAGAAAGACAGCAUCAGUGCUGAGUUAAAACAAGCAAAAUCUCAGAAGGACACAAAGAAAGCACUAAUUGAACAGCUGCAGGAAGAAAUUCAGGCUCUGGAAGAAAAUGAAAAAGUCCUCACUGAGAAGAACAAAACCCUCAGUGCUCAAGCAGCCCAGCUUGAAGAUCUGACAGAACAGAAACACAGACAGAUCUCAAGUCUGGAAGAAGAAAUAUCUCUCUUCAAGGUGCAACUGAAAGAGGUUCAGCAUGCACACAAAAGGCUGACCAAGGAGGAGUCACUGAUGGAGGCAGAGCUGGAAAAGCUCAGAAGAACAGUGCAUGACCUUCGUGAGAAGGAAGCCUUCCUGAGCGAGCAGAACAGUCGGCUUGCCGAGGAGUUGUCCGCAGUUGUGAGCCAGAGAGACAAUCAGAAGGGAGAAAAUCGACGUUUGAAGAUGGCUGUUGAAAAUCUUCAGCUCCAAGUGGCAGAAGCUAAGCAUGUCAUUCGGACUCAUGAAGAAACUAUAACACAGCUCAAAAAAAAUAUAUUGACUGGUGCAGAGAAUUUUACUCCUGCUCCAAUUAAGGCUGGAUUUUGGAAACGCUGUUGCCAAGGCCUUUUAAAAGUGGCCUGGCAGGUUGGCAGCACCUGUGUGGGCCUUCUGCUGGCAUCAGCAGUUGUCAGUUACGCCACUGAUUUAUGUAGCUGUGCCUCCGCAGAGCUCCAUUACAUUGACAUACCGCCAUUUUAAAUAUUUCAUAUAAUAAUAAUAAUAAUAUAUUAUUUCAUAUAUAAUAAUAAUAAUAUAAUAAUAUUUAUAGUAAUUAGCAAUAUAAUCAAUUCAUAUAUAAUAUAAAAAUAUUUUACACUAAAAUAAUAAAAUUUAAAAACAAAAAUCCCAAAUCUCUCCAUGGUGUGUUUUCCAACAAAAUCAAUAUUUGUACAUGUGGCUUGUGAGAAUUUAAGUUUGUCCAGCAUGUUUGAGGAAAUUCAUAAACAAUUUUUGCAGGACAGGAGGAUAAAGGCCAAUUUAUGGUUUUCGAGUCCGUGUCUCUGAAAGAAUGACAUAAAUUCUGUCCUUCACAAAGUUCUUGAGGGUCCUCAUGGAUCCUCCGUUCAUGCAGAAGCCUAAAGCUUGUGGUAAUCGUGCGCCUAUUGUAGUAUGAACACAACUGCAUGCACGUCUGCUUUCAGACUCUACAUUUGUCAUGUGGAAACCAUGAAUUGGCUUUAAUCAUAUUUAGCCAAAACUCUCCUCUGCUGUGAACUGAAUUUCCUCUCACUUCAUGUCAGAAUUCUCUCUCCUACUGUUUGUUUGUUUUAUUAAGAUCCCCUAUUAGCUUUUGCAAGGCAGCAGCUAUUCUUCCUGGGGUCUUCAUAAUUUCAUUUGUGACAACACCAAAACGCAACAUGUACACAUAAUGCAUACAAAUCAGAAUUACAGAAUACAUAAACAAUACAUACAAGAAUACAGAUAUACAAUACAAAAGACAUACAUGUACACAAGUCACACUAAACCAAAAAGCAUA